CAGUAGCACACGUUCGAGCGUACCGGCCUUUCGUCUCCGUACACCCAGUUCUCACCGAUCAGUGUCUGUCCAUUUUACUUGUUCGAGACACGGAUGAAGAAAGGACGCGGAUGCGUGUUUCGUGAAUCGAACCUCUGACCGCGUGUAAAUCGUCCAAGAAAUCGUGUAUCCCCGUUGUGUUUCUUCAGUCAUCUCGUUCGGCGGACACACGUGACUACGUGGAUUUUAACGUGGUCGAGACACGCAGUGUGUUAGCAGAGUAACGUAAAGUGUUAGAGAAUCGAUUUCUACGGACGAAGAAUUGUGGUUCUGUUGGGAAAACAGAGAUAGUUGGGUGUAGAGAGAUAUGAAUGAGCGUGGGAUGCAUUAAACUGGUAGUGGUAGGUCCUCUUACGUUUGUUUAGCCAGUAGUAGUGAGUUGUAAUAUUAGGCCGGUGCAUGUGAAAUGUUCUUUCAGAGAAAACUCUGACCGCGUGUGGCUUCUUCGAAAUAUGUAAAAGACAAUGAAUGAAAGUAAUUUUUAUUGAACGAACGAUUACGUAGCUUUAUUAUUCCAGGCCCAUCAGAAGCGUUAAAUUCUUAAAUUUGCUUCUUCAUUUAUGAGUUCAAAAAAUCCUGUGACUGAAACUUUCUUUAAAAGUUAAAUUUCCAUCUUCAUUCCUGUUUCUUUGCGUCUCAAAAAAUUUUCAUUGAAUUUUCUCCAAACAUAAAUUCAUAUCAGAGAAUCGCAGGAUUAUUACGAUUUUUCAUGACAAUCAAUAACAAAGUUUUCAUAUUAGUCUUAUAAACCUUCGUAACAUUAAAUAUACAUAAUUUAUAGGAAUUCUCAUUGGUCUCUCUUCAUUGGUCCAGUUGAUAAUUGGCUUGAUGACGACAGAGCAAAAUAUCAUAAAUGUUAUUAACCGAUGAAACAUUCUGUACGCACCUAUGCAUAAUAUAUAAUUGUAAAUGAUUCAAGAAUAAUUUAUAUCACUACCACAUAACAUCUCUCUUACAAUAACAUAUAUAGUUGCCAAUUAAUUUUUAACUCCCGAUAUACAUUUCAAUAUUCCAUUCCCACCCCCCCUUUUUAAAACCUAAAAGUUCGACUUGAAAAGUCAAGGUUAAGGCCAGAGAUUUAUGCGUUCGAUAUACCCCCAAACACGUCACGAGCAAUCGCGUUUAGCGUUCGGCAUUGAUCCAAAGAUCUCUCGAACAAGCCUGUUAAUCGUUUCUAUUCUUGAAUUCCAUACCUCGCAAACAAUCGUUUCUCGUUCCUUGAAACUAACCACUUGCCGUUGAAAGAAUCGUAAAAAUCGAAGAAAAUCGAAUUCCAAUGCAUCCCUCGCAAUCAACGACAAAAACUGAAUAACAGUCUGGCGUGUACAUGCGUGUGAAGUGAAAAGCAACUGACAGCCGGCCCGUGAUAAAUGCGGUUUAGAACCAGGACCCGACGUACUUCGUGCCGGAAGUCGAUGGACUCGCGAAGCUGACGAAAACUGAUCCACGCAGGCGAUCGUGUAAACGGAUUUCGUUCAUCCGAUUGUUCAGCCUUCUUUGUAUCGACGAAAGUACGUGGUACACGCGAGUUCUCCGCCCUUUUGCGAGUUUCCUGCGAUCCGCGCAACCGGAAAAUGGCGCAUCUUCGACGACCAGCUAGACGGGAACACUACAAGCCCUUUGGCAGAAGGAAGGGCUCGGCAGACUCGAACUACUCACAGCCGAGCUCGGAUCUCUCGCUGGACGAGGAGAAAGAGAGCUUGCGUCGUGAGAAGGAGAGGCAGGCCCUCAAUCAACUUGAAAAAGCCAGGACGAAAGCGGUAGCGUUUGCAGUACGGACCAAUGUGAGCUAUGAUGGAUCUGUCGACGAUGAUUCGCCUGUCCAUGGCUCGGCUAUCAGCUUCGAGGUCCGCGACUUCCUGCACAUCAAGGAGAAGUACGACAACAAUUGGUGGAUAGGUAGGCUGGUGAAAGAGAACGCGGACGUCGGCUUCAUCCCGUCCCCGGUGAAAUUAGAGGCCCUGAGGCAGCAGGCGAGCGCUGCACGUGGUACAAAGGGUCUCUAUUCGGCACGUGGAGGGUCUUCAGGGAACCUUGGCGAGAGUGGUAUGCCCUCACGUGGUUCCACACCACCUACACCAGGUGACGACAGCGACAGCGUCCGCGGCGGUAAGGCAACGUUGACCACGCCACCGGCUAAGGAGAAACGGAAAAACUUCUUCAAGAAGCCGGAAACAACCACGCCGUACGACGUUGUACCAUCUAUGAGGCCUGUCGUCCUGGUCGGUCCAUCGUUGAAAGGUUAUCAGGUGACGGACAUGAUGCAAAAGGCGUUGUUUGAUUAUUUGAAACAUCGGUUCCGAGGCAGAAUAAUUAUCACUAGGGUAAUGGCAGACAUUUCACUGGCAAAGAGAUCGUUGCUGAACAAUCCAUCAAAACGAGCGAUCAUGGAACGAUCCACGAGCAGGAGCAGUUGUUUGGCGGAGGUUCAAGCUGAGAUCGAGAGGAUUUUUGAGCUUGCCAGAACCCUUCAGUUGGUAGUUUUGGACUGCGAUACCAUCAAUCAUCCGUCGCAGUUAGCUAAGACCAGCCUGGCGCCAACGAUCGUCUACCUGAAGAUUUCGUCACCUAAAGUGCUCCAAAGGUUGAUCAAGUCGCGUGGAAAGUCGCAGAUCAGACAUCUGAACGUACAAAUGGUGGCUGCUGAGAAAUUGGCUCAGUGUCCUACAGAGAUGUUCGACGUGAUCUUGGAUGAGAAUCAGCUGGAGGAAGCUUGCGAACACGUAGCUGAGUACCUGGAAGCUUACUGGAGGGCCACGCAUCCUCAAGUGAUCGCUACAGUGCCACGUCCGAUCCCUGCACCGGAUGCACCGGUCGACGCGUUAACACCUCGCGUCACAUCAGGUGCCCAUCAUGAGAGUUACUACGGCCACGAGCCAAGAGGAUCAGGAUCGUACAGCGGCGGACACAUGAGCGAAGGAACUCGAAAGUCGAGGCUGGAGAGGAUGGAUCGUGAUCGGGGCGAUCGUAGUGAACACGACUACGGCAACGAGGAGGAAUCGUACGUCAGUGGCGUCGAUUACGGGAGCGCGUCGAGGCGUCGCCAGCAGCAAGAUCCGCGCGCAUUGAACGCCAUUUAGGAGCUGGGGCCCCGGGGCCUGUCGCUACAGCGCUGUCCCCACCUGCGCACCACUGCUCUUUAGUGGGGUCGCCACCUGGUACGCUACUGAACGUACGAACGUGCUUAACGCUACCGUAGCGAAGAAAACAAAAAAUAUUUGCGCUCUGGUCUGUUAGUGGGGUUUCUUUCCUGUCGCUACCCGUAAGAUGGUUCAUUUUGUUCGAUUUACUGUUUAAUAGCUAGACCCUUGUUGUUCGAGCUGUCCCACAAUUUACAUAGAAAUCGCCUUUCGUUACGAUAUUUCUAGCCUUUAGUAUACGGCAUCGUACGUAACGCAUGGAACUCAGCGUGUUUUCAUGCAGAAUCAUUUUCAUUUUCUUCAUUCUGUCCGUUUAUUGGUGCCGGAUCUCGAUGUAGAACUUCUAUUAUAGAUACAUUGCAUCGUAUUAUGCCAAUGAUUCUCGUUACCGAGGAAGCGUGCACGAUACUUUACGCUGUAACAGAGAGUAGAAAUGUUGAUUAUGCAAAGUGUUGUUCUUUCGUAGAGCUGAGAUUUUGAAUCUCAGGUAAAUCGCUUUGAUUUUUAUUUGUUGGAUUGUUGAGAUGGUACGCGUGCACGCUUGUCUAUGAUACACGAAUGUUUCAUCCUACGAGGUAUACACUUUCUUCCGUUUGCGACUAUUUUCGUUAUAAUGGAAGCAAGAGUUAGCGAGCUAGUGCAUUAUUUUUUCAUUUUAUUGGUUCCAAAGUAAACAUGGCGUAAUUUGUCGUAACAGAGUAACGUGUCCAUGGUGACAGACAUUGUAGAUUCUAUUUUCGUAAUCGUACUCUCGAUUAAAGGAGCCUUGUUGAUUUCGUAACGAUCGUUUUCUUGACCAUUCGAUAGAUAUCGUACAAGUAGAAAGACCCAUUCUAGUGAAACCAAUUGUUGUUGUCAUGAAACUAUCGAGUAAAUGGCUUUGUUCUGUUCCCAUCCCCCAACCCUCCUCCGUUUUACAGAAAUUUUAUCAAAGCAAUUACAAAGUUCGUUCGCGUAAAUGGAGAGCGUGUGAGAGAGAAAAAAUGUGCGAGUGAGAGAGAUGGAGCGUGUUGGCGGCAGCGAAAAAUUUUCACGAGCAUUUUUUCCAACAGGAAUUCCGCAUAACGAUGGGCGGAUUGAAACGAAUAAUCGAAUGUCCUUGUCGAUGAGGUACGCACAGGAUAAAUCCCCCAUUCGCGGAGCCAGCUCAACGAGAUGAGUAUUGACAUGAGAACAGUCACGUGAACAAAGUUAAAGAGAAACACACUUUUAAGAAUGAGAAAGAGUGAGAGAGAAGGGAGAGCAUGAGAAUAAGAGAGAAAGGAAAGGAGAGAAAAAGAGCCCUGGGGCCUUAAUCUUUGCGCUGACUCCUCCCGGGCCCCUAUUACCCAACCCCACGAGAAACAUCAGAUUUUUCAGAUCGAUGAUUUAUAAGCCAGCUAGGGGAACUCGUGAAUCGGCAUCGAGUCUUCAUUAAACGCCACGAGAUUUUCGCUCGAAAUUAGGUAGACGAUCGUCCGGAGCUAAUUGAACGAAAAAAAGAAAAACAAAGAAAGAAGGAAGUAUAAAAUAAAAUCGUGAGAAACGAACAAAAAAGAGAAAUCAUGGGAAAAAGAAAUGAGAAACUUCGAUAUGAAUUUCGCGUGGAAUUCUUUCAAUUCGGCCGACAGAACAGCGAUAGUUGCUUCGAUUUAGAGAGAAGAGAGGAGAAACGAGGAAAAUGAUCUCUAGUCGAUUUACCUUAGGAUCGAUCGCAUGAUUAAAUUCUUAAUUCUAGAAAUUUUAGAAAUUUCGCGUAUUCGUCACGAGGUUCGUGCAGAAUUUCACGAUAUCACGAUCGAGUAUGGAAGAAACUCGACAAAAAUAAAAUAACGAAACGAAUUAACGUUGCGUGGCGAUGGGUUGGGAUCAGAGAUAAUCAAUCAUUAUUGUCGUACGCGAUUAAAAGUUUUCGAUUAUCGAUACGAUGGCGCGUUGAUGAUCGCCGCGCUAGGCUCACGUGUUUAUACGUUUUAUUAGAGUCUAUUUGGUGAAAUGUGAAUACACAUACACACACACAUACACACACGUGUUACACAUGCACAGACAGGCAUACACGGGCACACGCACACGAGAACACACAGUGAAACACAUUUUGUGUAUAUAGUAUACAUAUAUAAAUAAUAAUAUUAUAUAUAUAUAUAUAUAUAAAUAUAUUGUAUACGUAUGUACGCAGUGAACACUUUUACCUUUGUCACUCGACAAAAUUCCGAUCGAGGCAAAAUGUGAGUAUGAGAGCAAGAAUGAAUGGGAGAAAAUGAAAGGAAUAGAAUGAAAGUGGAUAGAAAGUGAAACAAGAGAGAUGAUACUAUACCAUAGAAUCAAUAGAUAUCGUGUACAUAUUGUAAGAAGCCUUUAAAAACAAGUCCUUUCCGUUUCGAUUUUGUCGUGAAUGCAGCGUCGUCAGCUGCAGCGAGGAUCAUGGUAAUGCUGGAUAUUUGUCAACGUUUCUCAUUGUUUUUACGGAUCUACAAACACUUUCGGUCCUCGUGAUCAACGCUUUUGACGCACUACGAACUUGCUGCAACUAAAAUACGAAAAAUAUUUAUGGAGCAAUUGAUGCAAUACGUAUACACAGACACAUACACAAACAUACUCAUACACAUACACGCACACAUACAGAAACAUAUACAAACGCUCUUGAUUGCAUACCAGUUGCACGAAUGUAAUCGUGACAACCGAUAAUGCUAAUCGAGUUUUGGUCGUUCGUGUAUAUUGAUUUCUUUUUUAGAUGCACGCAUCAACGUUGUUUCUUAAGUAGAACGAACAAAUCUCGAGCUCGCCAUUCUUCGCAGAAAUAGCCUUGCGCACGGCCAGUAUAAUUAAAUAAUAUCAAAAGGGCAAAAAAAGAAAAAAAAAAAAGAAAAAAAGAAAAUGUACGAAACGUAAUAUAAUGAAUUUUUCUAAAUUAAUUUAGGGAAUUUUACUUAAAACGAUCACUUAUGCAUCAUUAGACUAGCGAAACGAAGCGUUUCUUUCCCGGAACGAUUACGUUCGAUAUGCGUUCGUGUAUGACGUUGCUGUGUGAAUUUAGCGAGAUUUUCUUAUCGUUUUCACGCAGUUUUCGCAUUUUCCACGGCCGAUCGCUGGCAUAUUUUUCUUUAAAAAUAAAUUAAAAAUAAGGAUUUGGCGCACGGUCCUUUGAAUCUCAAAACUUGAGCGUGGAUCGUAAUUUCUUGUCGAUAUAUGUAUCUCUGCCAGCGAUUCAGCGUCGUCGUCUUAUCGAAAGUGUUUCAAAUUCUUACUAAGCUCGUUGUUUGUUCGCCACAUUAAAUUGGCGCUGGAAGAUUAUAUAGUUGUUGAAGAUUACAAAAAUCUUCGUGCAACGCCGUUUAUUGAAUUUUAAUGGCGUCACCGAUGGAUCGAGCGAGUAUCGAAGCGAAAGUCUUCGUGGAACGCUCUCAAGAUGAACUUUAAAGACGCCUUAAGAAUUAAGUAGACGAUCGUGUGGAGAUCAGCAUUCGACCUAAAUUUUCAAUCGCUACGCUGUUAAACGAAUUUUAUUGGCGCCUUGCGCCGUAAUAAUUUCGCUUGUCGAAAAUUCCAUAUGUUAUCUUUAGACUGGAAGAUUUUUAUAAAUCGAGCGAAGAUGCUGAAAAAUCUAUGACAAAUAUAAAAAGAUAGUUUGUUUCGAAUUCGAGGCACAUUAUGGAAUGUUCGAGUUUCACGUUUCACGAUUUUUCACGUUUUCCAGUUUCGCGAGUAUUCUAUUGGUCGCUAACUGUAAAAUGUUUUUUGUAGCCAACGUUUGUAAAUACUAGGUAAAAUAUAUUUGCAAAACACUAUCACUGGUGAUGUCUAUUUAAAGAUACUCACGCUUCUACUUCGAUGUAGGCGAGUUUUAGUCAAAAUUCAAUGCGAGAAGGAGCGUGCGUUUCGGUUUCUUCACGACGCGAUUCGAGUGCAAUUUGGAAACGAAUGCUCGGUAGUAGCUAGAGUUUCUUUUGAACUUUGUUUCGUCGUGUCGAACAGAAGCCGUUUGUACUAGGGUAACGUUCUUAUAUCACGUUUGCUCGAUUAUUUUAACAAGUUUCUCUGUUUCUGCGAUUUAACUACGAAUAGCGCCGCGACGCAUAGGCGACUCGAUUUUAAAUCGUAGCUAUUGUAUACAAUUUUUUCUAGACGUCAAUGACGCGAUUGAUAGAGGAUGUGUAACAAUAUCUAGCCCACAUCCUUAAGCAAAUGAGAAUUUUUUAUAAUAUUUUGUAAGAAUCUUUCGCUCGAAAGGCAGCGAUAGAAACCCACGUCAUGCAGACCUGAUACGAAUUAUGGCGUCUCACGUGGCCACAUAAAUACCACACACACACACACACACACACACACACGAUACACGAAUUUGAAAGGAGCCCUUAAUAUUUCUUACGGUACGAUCCCUAGUAGUUAACUGACGCGAGACCCGUCGGUUUUGUAAUCAUUAACGAUUUCGGUUUAGGAUUUUAGCGGCUUCCAGUCCGUUCUUUCUUUCGAUAUAUCGAAGACUAGUGUUCGAAUCUGUAACACGUGCAUUAGCGCGCUAAAUUAAAUGCAAAACGAGAGAAAAAAAAUUAUAUGAAACGUAACUUGUAGCUUUCGAUCGACGUCAAUUCGGAUCUACGUGAAAAAAAAAACAAAAAAAAAAGACAAAGGAAAUCUCUGUAGUAUUUCUCAGUAAAACGAUCUAGGAUUAAAACUCGCACGCGACAAGUUCGUUCGAUGCCUACAAAAAUCGACACACAUUCUGUUCUAGCGAAGACAAAAGAGAACAAAGAAAAUAUCUCCCAUCACAAGCGAGCCAAAUAAAAAAGUAUUAAAAAAAGGCGAAAAAAGAAAAAUUCGAAAGACAAAAAAGAAAUGAUACAAUUCACUGAAAAUCGCGAUGUCAUGCAGGAAAGCUGAAAGUCCAAUCGGCAACGCAAUCGAAUUUUCUUCUGAAAGACUUAACGAGAACAUAUUAACGAGCGUUUAAAUAUCGAUGUUUAAGCUGUUUAGGAAGAAACGAGAGAAAGACGAGAGAGGGAAGACUGGAUGCGGGAGAGAUAGAGGGUAAGCCUUUCUUCAAGAGUUGCGAGAGUCGAGAGGGCGUAAGUACAAUUCGUUCGAUGUAUUUAAAAAAAUUAGGGCGCGAGUUUAAAUUAAUUAGGAGUGAAUUGUUGCGUUGGUUUGCACCAUGUGCACGUGAAUGUGUUGUUAAAAUCUAGACUGCUUUUGCCGGCGUCGCGGCGGCCGAUUUCGUGCGAUCGAUCGACGCACUCCUCGAAGAAUGCAACCCCAAUUACACGAAUGGUUGGAAGGUCCAAAAAAAAAAAAAAAAAAAAAAAAAAUAAGAGAAUAA